AAAAAUGGGGCGAGAUCCUACCACAAUAUGUUGGUUUAUUGCCAAAUACAAGGAACUGGAAAAAUCAAAACUUACCACAAUUGGGACGACCUCCUGUCCUCAAUAAUAAUGAGAAGAAUGUGCUUGUAAAUGAAGUCAUAAAGAAACAAUGUUUGCCAUUACAUGAAAUUAUAAACAUGUUGGAUUUAAACUGUGGUCUAACGACUGCUAAAAAAACAAUAUAUGAUGCUGGAAUUCAUUCCCACUCUGCUGCAAAAAAGCCUUUUAUGUCAGAAGGACAUGCAUCUGCUCAUAUUAAUUGGUGUGAAAAACACAAAGAAAAAACUGCCUAUUAUUGGACACAAGUUAUUUUUCAGACGAAUCAAGUGUGGAAAUUGGGAAGCAGGAUAAAAGGUCCAUUAGUAUUUUGUGAUGAAGUAAAAGGAAAAGAAAGAAUCAAUUCGGAUACUUACAUUACAAUCUUAAAAACAUAUCUAUUGCCAUAUCAGCAUGUAGUUCGUGAGUUGACAGGAGGUUCUGUGGUUUAUCAGCAAGACAACGCACCGAUCCAUACUUCAAAAGCAACCAAGGAAUGGCUAAGGACUAAUAAAAUUGCAACUAUUGAUUGGCUGGUGAAUUUGCCAGACCUGAACCCGAUAGAGAACAUUUGGAAGUUGUUAAAGGAUAAUAUCCAAAAGCAUGAAGACUUUCCGAGAACUGUGAACAAACUUAAAAUUGCAUUGAGAAGGGAGUGGGAAAAUUUGGAUCACUCUGUUUUUGAGAAAGUU